AUGGGGCGCGGCCUUGUCGCCUGCGACUGCUAUUCCACUACAACCGAACAGGCUCGAGAACAGGCGGCAAUCCUGACCAAAUUCUUUAACCCUUCACACGCUGACUCUGACUGUAAUGAUCAGGUGGCUCCCGCUGCCGUUCCUGAGGAGCUGGGAGGAAGUGACAUCAUCGGGGAGUGUCCCGGACAGCAGUUCCAGGUGUCCCGCCUCCUGCUGCACCUAAGCUCCGCCCUUGGCCCCGCCUCCGACGUGCUGCUGGAUCCCUAUCUCUGCUCUGCUGGAGACGAGCUCAUCAAGUUAUGACAUCAGCCCCUGUGCCUCUUGGUGGGGCUUUUUGGUCACUCAUAAGUUGAGGAGAAGAUCACACUCAUCCGACAGCUUUCGCUGGAAGAAUCCGUCAGGAUCUGAACGCAACAGCCGAUACGCGUUGUAGCCCCGCCGCCCCUCUUCCGCACGCCUACCGCUCCGUGCCGCGAGGGGCUGGAGGCGGAGCUUCAGAGGGGCGUGGUCUCCUUCGACACGCAAACGCCCUCCGGCAGUCGGACUUUGCUCCGCCUCCACCGCUCGUUGCUAUGGCUACAGCUGCUGCUGGAGAAGCUGGGGACGGAGCGCGAGGGGCGGAGCCUGGGCGAGCUUUGCCGCGAUGCUUACCUGGAGGUUUUAGCGCCGCAUCACCCCUGGCUCGUGCAGCGCGCGGCAGAGCUGGUGUUUCGAGCGAUGCCCGCGCCGCAGCGCGUUCCUGCAGGCUGGUUUGCGUGCGCACGGCAGGAGGAGGCGGAGCCUGUCAUGCGCCAUCGUCGUCGCAGCAUCCGAGAAAUUCACCAACGGACUCAGAAAGAGCGCUGGAGAUCAGAAACAUGGUUGGACCUGCCUUAA